GCCCACCUCCACAGCCUCCUCUCGGGCUCCGGGAGCAGAUGGGGGAUCAGACGGAGCGCUGGGGGCUAAGAGGUCCCACCAUGUCCGCGGCCUCCGUCCUCAGCCUCCUGCUCCUCCUGUUCCUACGGCCGACCACCGCGGACCCCUGCCACGACGGCCGAGGCCGGCCUCGCUUCUGCCUCCCGCCCCCCAUCCGCCUGGCCCAGGCCUCGGGGUCCUGCGGGCCUCGCCUGUCCUGCCCCCCGCUUUCCGGGGAGCCCGGCGGCUGGGCCUCCUGUGCCCGGGGGGCGGAGGGGCAGACCCCCACCGCCAACCUCACCCUGGACCUGGGGGGGCCCUUCCUGCUGGCCUCCGUCCGUCUCCGCUUCUGCUCCCCGCUGGCCUCCCCGCCCCCGCUCCUCUCCUUCUCGGGGGAUGGGGGCAAGGGCUGGGCACCCCUCGGGGGCGCCCCGGCCCAGGACGGGGCGGGGGUCGUGGCCUUCCGCCCCCCGCCGGACUCCCACGGGGGGCCGCCUGCCACGCACGUGCGGGCAGAGCUGGGCCCGGCCGGGGCGCGGCUGGGCGAGAUCAGGGUGCGGGGCCGGUGCCAGUGCCACGGGCACGCCGCCCGCUGCGCUGCCCGCGCCCGGCCCCCGCGCUGCCGCUGCCGCCACCACACAGCCGGGCCGGCCUGCCGGGAUUGCCGGCCCACCCACCGAGACCGGCCCUGGAGGCCCGCCACGCCCAGACACCCCCACCCCUGCCACCCGUGCACCUGUAACCGACACUCCCGCCGCUGCCGCUUCAACGCAGACGUGUAUCACAUGUCGGGCAGGAGGAGCGGGGGCAUCUGUCAGCACUGUCGCCACCACACAGCUGGACGGCACUGCCACUACUGCCAAGCGGGCUACAAGAGGGAUCCAGCCCAGCCGAUGACCAGCCGCGGAGCCUGUCGAGCUUGCCAAUGCCACCCCAUCGGGGCCAUCGGGGGAGUCUGCAACCAGACCAGCGGUCAGUGUCAGUGCAAGCCAGGGGUGACGGGGCUGACCUGCAGCCGCUGUGCCCAGGGCUACCAGCAAAGCCGCUCUGCCCGGCUGCCCUGUCAGCGGAUUCCAGAGAUUCUGACAACAACAGUUACCACUCCAAGCGAAUACAGCACAGAUCCUACGUGCCAGAGCCACUGUAACGCCUCCUACACCCGAGUCCACAUGAGUCUGCAGAGAUACUGUCAGCAAGACUACGUGGUGCGUGCGCGGCUGGAGAGUGCGGUUCCGUCCGGGCCGUGGUGGUGGCGGCUGCGGGCCCGCGUGCUGGCCGUCUACAAGCAGCGGGGGACGGAGUCCGGGCGGCGCCGGCGGCGGUGGCGGGUCGGGGCCCGGGAGGCCUGGGUGCCCCGGCGGGACCUGGCCUGCGGCUGCCUCCGCCUGCGGCCGGGGGGCACCUACCUGCUGCUGGGCGCUGCGGGGGGCGGCCCGGAGGAGCCCGGGGCCCGGCCGCGCCUGGUGCUGGACCGGCACGGCCGGGCGUUGCCCUGGCGAGCGGGCUGGGCGCCCAAGCUCAGGCAGCUGCAGCGGGAGGAGCGAAGGGGCGCCUGCCGUGGCACCAAGGCCCCGCCUCCAAAUCCCACCCCAAGCCCUGACUCAUGGAUCAGGUUGGAGCAAACUAUUGUCAUACGCCCACCCUUCUUGAAGCUAAUGAUAUUUUCAGUCCACACCACCUUCUGUGGGAACGCAGCCAAUCGAGAUGGCGUCAGCCUGGAACCCGGACCUGAGGGCCCCACCGGGAAGCGGGGCAGGACGUCGGGAGGCAGGGAUGGCGCUUUCGGCCGCCUGGGAUGGGCUGGGGAGAUGAAAGGGGCUAGGGGCCCCGGCGGAGGGGCGCCCGCGACCAAUCGCCGUGAAAUCAGCAUCUGGGGCCCCAGCCGCUGCCUUCCCCUCUCCCCCCAACGCCACCAGUCCCCCCCAGCCCUCUUCAUCUCCAGCCCCUGCACACUGGCACACAUUCCCCACCUGCUCCCGCCGCCACCUUUGGCCAAGAUCUUGCCUUUCAGCUAUCCGGGUCCUGGGAGAGGAGUCCUGACACCCAGGGCCUUUCCCCCGGAAUCCGGGAGCUCCGAGCCGCAAUUAAAGGCCGCCCCGCCCCUGGGGUGA